GCUAAUGUAGAUGGUAACGUAUAAAAGGAAAAGGAAUCAUAGAAGCAGCAUUCAGUAACUGUUUAAACGGACCACUUGCUUGUUUGUCAGCUAUUUUAUCAUUGUCAAUAUGAAGACCUUCCUGGCUGUAUUUGCUUUGUGCAUUGCUGGUACUUUGGCUGCACUGUCCGAAGAACAAAUCACCAAGUUGAAGACUUAUAAAGAAUCCUGUAUUGAGGAAACUGGCGUUGAUCCUUCUGUUAUCGAGGCUGCCAAGAAGGGUACCUACUCCGAUGGUGAUGAAAAGUUAGCAUGUUUCUCUGCUUGCUUGUUAAAGAAAAUUGGAGUUAUGGAUCCCGAUGGUAAGAUCAACGAAGAAGUGAUUCGUUCCAAAAUUCCUUCCAGUAUCCCGAAGGACCAGGCAGAUAACAUCAUAAAUACUUGCAAGGGACUAACUGGUGCUAACGCUUGCGAAACUGCAGGAAAAGUCCUAAAGUGUUAUCUCGACCAAAAACAUGUUCCUCUUCUCAUGAAUUAAUUUGCAUGGAACGUUCAUGAUUGAUUGACAUAUGUAUUUGCAUCCAUAACUGGAUUUCUGAGGUCUUGUGUAUACGUAAAUUUAAAAAUAAAGAAUUUAUGAUUAUGGUAUAGUUUA